UCGCGCACUCGGAAAAUUCAGCGAAAUAGCUGUCCGCGAAAGCGACUCGUAACUUCCCCGAGAGGCUUGAGGCUGAUCCGAAUUUUUACUUGCCUUUCUAUAAGUAUCUAUUUCUUUGCAAUUUAUUUCCCCCAAUUUCACGCGGUUUUGUGAAUUUGUUCUCUCUCUCUCUCUCUCUCUCUCUCUCUCUCUCUCGCUCUCGCUUCCUUUCUGUUAGAUUUGCAGACGAACGCUUCCAGUUCCGAGAGAAAAUGGGACAAGCUCUUGGUUGUGUUCAAGUGGACCAGUCUACUGUUGCUAUCAGAGAAACUUUUGGGAAGUUUGAUGAUGUGCUUGACCCUGGUUGUCACUGUUUGCCUUGGUGUUUGGGUAGCCAGAUAGCUGGUCAUCUCUCUUUACGUGUGCAGCAAUUGGAUGUUCGCUGUGAAACAAAGACAAAGGAUAACGUUUUUGUUACUGUGGUUGCAUCUGUUCAAUACCGAGCUUUAGCUGAGAAGGCUUCAGAUGCCUUUUACAAGCUCAGCAAUACCAGAGGGCAGAUCCAAUCUUAUGUCUUUGAUGUUAUCAGGGCAAGUGUUCCGAAGUUGGAUCUAGAUUCAACCUUUGAGCAGAAGAAUGACAUAGCCAAAGCUGUUGAAGAAGAACUUGAAAAGGCCAUGUCACAUUAUGGGUUUGAGAUAGUUCAAACACUAAUUGUGGAUAUCGAACCAGAUGAGCAUGUGAAGAGAGCAAUGAAUGAGAUAAAUGCAGCUGCAAGGAUGAGGUUGGCUGCAACUGAGAAAGCUGAAGCAGAGAAGAUAUUGCAGAUUAAGCGAGCUGAGGGAGAGGCAGAGUCCAAAUAUCUGUCAGGGCUUGGAAUAGCAAGGCAGCGCCAGGCCAUUGUGGAUGGGCUGAGAGACAGUGUGCUGGCCUUCUCUGAGAAUGUGCCGGGGACAUCAUCAAAGGAUGUCAUGGACAUGGUUCUGGUGACCCAGUACUUCGACACAAUGAAGGAGAUCGGUGCAUCCUCAAAGUCCAAUUCGGUUUUCAUCCCACACGGCCCCGGUGCUGUGAGAGACAUUGCUUCACAGAUACGAGAUGGCCUCCUUCAAGCAAAUCCACCUCAGGUGUAAUGUCAUUACAUGGUACGAAGUUGGAGGCCGGCUCUUUAAGCUUCCGAUUAUGCAGGACUGAAGUUUGUGUGUGCUUUAGGAUCUAAGAAUGUGGUUUCUUUAGUAUUUGACAUAUAAUGUAUAUAAUUGUAGGUGAUUUCUCCAUGCUUGUUGAUACCUGGCCUCUAAAG